AUGUCUGAAAAAGUAAUUGAGAAGUACGAAGCCGACCAAGUCGAGGCGGUCGAGCGUCGAGGGACCACUGCGGAAGAAGUCACCGAACUCAGCGGCAUCGAGGCAACUGCUGCAUCCACGGCAGCAUGGCUAAUAUCGAUUACUGUCUCGGUGGGAGGCUUCCUGUUCGGAUACGACACGGGCUACAUCUCCUCAGUCCUUGUCACGAUCGGAACGUCGCUCGGCCAUGCAUUGAGCUCGGAUGAGCAAGAGCUGGUCACCUCCUUGACUAGCGGUGGGGCCCUCGUGGGCGCUGUGUUUGCCGGCCUGAUAGCUGAUCGUUUUGGCCGCAAAUGGCCCAUCUGGAGUGCCUGUCUUCUAUUCGUGAUUGGCACCGUCCUCCAAACUUGCGCCUAUAGUCUGGUCCAAUUCGCGGUCGGUCGCUUCGUUGUCGGCCUGGGCGUAGGUUCUGCGGCCAUGAUCUGCCCGCUGUACAUCGGCGAAUUGGCACCUGCCAAAUAUCGGGGUCGAAUGAUCGCCUUCAACAAUAUGAGCGUCACGUUUGGCCAGCUCGUGGCAUCCGCCCUUGGAGCAGGCUUUCAGCAUGUCCAUGGUGAAGGUUGGCGAGCGACUGUUGCCAUUGGAGCUGCACCUCCGAUUGCUCUGGCCGGCCUACUUCUGCUCUGCCCGGAGUCUCCGCGCCAAUUAGUCUCCCAUGGCAAAUACGCAGCUGCUGAGGAGGUGUUGCUCAAAAUAUAUCCCAGCUCGACAAGCGACCAACGUCAGGCCAAGAUCAAGUCCAUCGAACUAUCCCUCCAAGAAGCAACCACAGCCAUGUCCAAGGAAUCGCUCUGGACCACGCUGAAGCGAAUAUUCACAACUCCAGCCACCGGGCGUGCUGUCCUCACGGCUUGCAUCGUUAUGGCCAUCAGCCAGCUGGGCGGUUUCAACACGCUCAUGUACUAUGCGGCCACCCUCUUCAAGAUCGUCGGCUUCACCAACGCCACAGCGGUCGCCAUCACCGUCUCAGGCACCAACUUCAUCUUCUCCAUCGUCAAUCUGGUCCUGGUUGACAAGUUCGGUCGCCGCGCUCUCCUGACCAUCACUGUUCUCGGCAUGUCACUCUGCAUGAUGGUCGCCGCGGUGUCAUUCCAUUAUAUCCCGAUUAACAAGGAUCUCGUCGUCGAGUCCAACCACAUCGGGUGGCCCGCGACUCUCGUGCUCGUCGCCAUCAUCGUAUACGUGGCCUGUUUCUCGUCGGGCGUGGCUACGAUUGCGUGGAUCGGCACGGAGCUGAUCCCCCUUGAAGUUCGAGCUCUUGGGACCAUGCUGAACACCGUGACAUGCUGGAGCACCAACAUCAUCAUUGCAUCCACGUUCCUCUCAAUCAUGCGCGGAUCAAGUCCCACGGGAGCGUUUUCGCUGUAUGCUGGCAUUUGCUUUGUGGGCUGGCUGUUCAUCAUCUUCUGCUACCCGGAGUGCAAGGGCAUGCCGCUGGAGACGGUGCGGGAGGUGUUCCGAACCGGCUUCGGCGUGCGAUACUCGAAACGUUGGCAGCGCGAGCACAAGCAUCUCGCCAAGGUCAGCACGCACGCUUCUUUGGGCCAUUAG